AACAUAUUUCUGUUGAUGCCUGUUUGUGCCUGUCGGAUCGAUCGCUUUUUGUUUAUGUUGCUUCAUUGUAUUGUAAUUGUAUAAUUGUGUAAAAGUACGGAACUUUUAUAUAGAAGAUAUUUAUUUUAUUUAUUGUUUGAUUGGAAGACUUUUAACGAGUGUCAACAAUGUCUAAUGAAGAAGCUGUUUCGGGAAUUGAACAAUUAAACAUUGCUGAUAAUGAACUUAUGGUUGCCAAUGCUGAUAAUGUGGGAGAUACUACUUAUAGUGCGACUUGGAUUUUAAGAAGAUUGUUGACUUUAUCCAAGAUUAAUGAAGAACCAUGGUCAACAGAUCUAGAAACAGACCUUUGUUAUCUGUGGGACAUGACAACAGAGAAAGAUAUUGUUGACUUUUUGUGUCAAAACAAUUUUUUGUCUGUUUCUGAAUUUGUAAUUGAUAAUGCACCAGAGCCGAGAUGCAGGGAAAUAAUAGUAGGAAUCUUAGGAAAUUUAUGUUCACAGCCAACAGCGUUCACUCGUAUUACUAAUACACCCACAUUAGUAACUAAAUUAUUAAGCUUGAUGUCUUCUGACGAUACUGAAACGCUGAUUCAAGUUUUAAGAGUACUCCAAGCUGGAUCUCGUGAUAUGCAGAUUACUAUUACAUCACCUUGGCGAGAAUACUUGCUAUAUAGUAAACCUUUGGCGGAUGCACUAACAUUUAUUUUCAAUAGUUCAACAAAUAGUCAAUUAUUGAGAGAAUCUUUGGCUUUAAUGCAUACAAUUGCUACGAAUACAAUAUUUCUCAAUGAAAUAUUUGAAAUAAAUCCUCUGCUGGUAGGCUUAGUAGAAACUUUUGACCAGUUAAUGCCGUCAGAGCAAGAAGAAGAAGCAGCAGAAGAUGAUGAGAAUGAAUCAAAUGAUCAAGUUAUCAUUGAACGUUGGCUUGAAAUUAUUACGAAAAUUGUUGAACGCCAAUCAACGACUCGUAUAAACAACUACCAAGAUAUUAUCCGUGUUGUGAUUAAGAUACUGGGAAAAUUAGAAGAAAACAUGAUUCCGAUGGAUGAAAACAAAGCUUCUUCCAUUUAUGAUUGUGUAGUAAUAGCUAAUUGGUUGAAAAAACAUCGUUAUCACGUUGAUAUUAAUUUUUUAUGCCCACUUACUAAGAUUAUGAUUAAACUUGAUGAUGAAAUAUCGAGGCAACAAGAGAACGACAAAGAAAUCAUGGUUGAUUUAUUGAAGCACUUACAUAGAUACUGGCUUGGUGUUUAUGGUGCCAGUGAUGAAGUGAUUACCGACGAAUAUUUAGCAACAUGUCCAUCUGAAGUUUCAAGAUACUUAAUGAAUUAUAUUUUUAAUGGAACUAGACAUUACAAUAAGUUUUAAUUUUCUUUUAUUUAACACUUGAGUCUUUACGAUUUUAUUUUUUUCAAAUUUAAUUUUAAAUAUUCUUCUAUUUUUAUCUUUAUGUAAACAAUAGUAUUAAUAAA